AUGGCCAGGGGUUCUAUCCAGCGUCGCAGACCUGCUGCCACAGGGUUUGAGGAGGAGGAGGAGAAGGGAGUGGCUAUGGACUUCGACGCGGAAGAACUAGUCGGCAAGGAGGCCACCCGUCCCAACACAGACGACGAGGAGGAGGAGGAGGAGGAGGAAGAAGAGGAAGGGGAUGGGGACGAGGGAAUGGAGGAGGACGAGGGAAUGGAAGAGGACGAAGAGGGAAUGGAGGAAGAAGAAGAAGAGGAAGCGGAAGCGGCCCCACGGUCUGACGCACCACCCCCCAGGAGCAAGAGCAAGACGGUACUGAAGACUCGUAAAGAAGAUGCCAAGCGAGGCUCACUCAAGGAGCGUCUUAACCUGUUCAUUCCUCCCGCCUUGGUGCGCCGUCGCCUCGUGCAGGAGCGUUAUACGCCCAAUACGUCCAUGGCCACUGCUGUCUUUCUGGCUGCUGCACUAGACACUUUCAUGACGGAGCUGAUCGACAGCGCUAUCGAGAUUGCCAAGAACAAGAAGAAGAGCAAGACCAAUGAAAGACCCAAGGUCACCGUUCAACACAUUCAACAGGCCGUAAAGGCGGAAGAAGAAAUGGCCGCCAUCUUUAAGAACGUUAUCUUCGGCCAACCUGUCAAAGGCACCACAGUCGGCAAGGGGACGAAGGCAGCGGACAAAACCGACGUUAACGACAGCCAAGAAUACUAA